AUGGCCUCGGUGGAAGUUGAGGCAGUACAGGUCUACAGGGGGCUGGUGGACAGUCUUUUGGAUCGCGCGGCGCAAAUCAAGACUGACAAGCAGAUCGAACCCCCAUUGACUGAGGCCCUUCUGGGAGAUCACAUUUGGCAGCUACCAGCUGAAGAAGAUGGUACUGUGAAAUCCGUAAACCAACAGACACAAUAUGCUGCAGUGGAGAUUGCUUUUCGCGAGAAGUUCUACCGCAUCCUGGCUUCGACCUCUAUCACCGAGCCCUCUUUCAUCAAUAUCUGGAACCUCCUUGACCUUGUCUCCAUUUUCUCCGACAACGAACAAUGCGAGCCCGGUCUAAUAUUCUGGCUCAUCGAGGAACUGUUGGAUAGUCAAACAAUUGACGGUUGCCGCAUUGUAUUUGAUUAUCUGGAGUCACGUCGAGAGCGAAACAUCAAUAAACAUUUUAAGCAGAAGAACCUGAUCAUUCUCCGUUCUUGCAAUGAACUUCUACGCCGACUUUCACGGGCAGAGGAUACCGUUUUCUGUGGACGGGUGUUCAUCUUCCUUUUCCAGAGCUUCCCCCUCGGUGAUAAAAGUUCCGUCAACCUUCGGGGCGAGUUUCACACAGAGAAUGUCACCACUUUCGAUGAUAUUGCCGCCAAGUCGCCAGCCGAGAAUGACGAUGGAGAUACCAGUAUGACUGACGGAAACGACGACUCUGUUACAACUGAUGGACAGCCAGACCAUAACAACAAAGGUAAUGUGGCUACUCCUGACAGAGAGUCGCGAUUACCCAAAGUUGUUGUUUCUCGAGGUCAGAAAGAGGAGAAAAACGAGAAGGUUGAUCUUGAUACCCUUUACCCUCUUUUCUGGAGUCUACAGUCCUAUUUCUCGGCUCCGAGCAAAAUGUUUGAUGCUGAGCGUUUUGCAUCCUUCAAGACUGGCCUUGAAACCACUCUGCACGCCUUCAAUAAUAUCAACACUGAUCUCGAAAAUCAAGGUCCUGCACGGCCUUCAGAAGAAGCCUCGAAGUCUCAGAAGCGAAAACGUGGCGAUGAGGCCGAGGUUGGAACAAGCUUCAACCCCAAAUACCUGACCAGCCGGGAUCUUUUCGAUCUUGAAGUUGGUGAUACCGCUUUUCGAAGACAUGUUCUUGUUCAAGCUCUCAUUCUGCUUGACUUUAUGUUAUCCCUCACCUCAAAGUCCAAGGAGCGUUUGACAGACUUGACUAACAAAUCUGUGCUAUAUGGAUUCGUGUUGAGCGAAGAAAACGCAGAAUGGGUGGCAAGCAUGCGCAAGCGCAUUGAAGACUACCUACAACAAGGCCCUGGCGGGAAGUUCUACUACCGUAUGGUAGACACUGUGUUAACCAGAGACAAGAACUGGGUGCGAUGGAAGGCCGAAGGAUGUCCACCCAUUGAACGGCCAGCAAUCUCCGUACCAGACUACAUGAAGGCGCGAGAUGAGGCUAGAAAAACCUAUGUUAGCAAGCGUCUUCGUCCGUCACCCAUGGGAGCGUUGGAUUUCAAGUUCCUCUCGGAUACAGAGGCAUUAGCCAACAUUGAACGUCUUAAGGAAUCAGACCGGUUCUCUGUUCCUGCGGCUGAUUCGUUCAUGAUGAAUAUAAUGGAUGAUGAGAUGGACAUCGACAUGGCUCAGAAUCCAGAUGACAAGGAUGCUGCGAUCCAAGCCAAGUCCAGCAAGACUUGGCGCAUUCUACGCCUUGCGGCCAGGACGAAACUUUCUGCGUUCGACAAAAUCGAUGAUGGUAACAACCUCAAGGCUCUAUUUGAAACUGCCGCCGCACCAGCAGACGCUUCCCAACCGACGGAAGCCACAGACGCUGAUGGGCCAGAAGAAAUCAAGGAUGCCCCUGAGGAAUUGCAAGCGGAUGCGCAGGAAGCGCAAGAAAACCCUGUUGAGGACAAGAACAUGACCGACGACUCCCAGCAAGAAUUGAACGCCACUAGCGAGGAGAGUCCAGUCAUCGACCAGGGCGUCGAGGCCUCUAGCGCAGCCUCCGGAGAUAAACCUAUGGAAGAUUCGACGACCUGA